AUGGGCGUGCUUGCAGCUCUUCGCCACAUUACAGCCACGGAGGGUGCCUGGGCGCUAUGGAAAGGCAACUUUAUUACCAUUAUUCACCGUAUCCCUUACUCCGCCACCAACUUCCUUACAUACGAGUACACGAAAGCGAAGCUCCAGGGGCGGUUACCCAAUGGGUCAGCGCGAGCCUGGGUGGCAGGCGCCGUGUCGGGUCUCGUCGCAUGCACAGUGGCUUAUCCACUGGAUCUCCUGCGCACCCGCAUUGCAGCGGACAUGUCCCCCAGCAGCGGCAGCAGCAGCAGCAGCAGCGGGGGUAUCAGCGCCGGCGGUCCUCAGCAUCCGCGCCCUCAGGCGCAGCCUCAGAUCCUCACGGAGCGCGGUGUCGCGGGGCUUUACAAGGGACUUGGCGCCACCCUGGUGCAAGUAGUGCCUGGGCUGGCCUUCAACUUCUGUUUCUAUGACACGUUCAAGCACCUGGCGUUGAAGCACCAGCAGCACUACCAGCUGCAGACGCUGCACAGGCGGCAGCACCACCCGGAGCAGCAGCAGCAGGCGGUAAUACGGCAGGUGUACGAGCGUGGCGCGCUGGGCCGGAUGCGCUACCUUGACGUUGUUAAGGCGGUGUAUGCGGAGGGCGGUGUGGCGGCCUUCUACCGGGGGUUGGGACCGGAGUUUGCCAAGGUGCUCCCGGGCAUGGCCAUCGCCUUCAGCACCUACGAGAGCCUCAAACGCCUCACGGGUGCUGCUUGA